AUGGACCAGAAACAAUCGGCCGUGUAUGUACGGGCCUAUAAUUUAGGCCUGGAUAUCGCCAAUGGAAGACAUCCCCUCUCCAAGACCAUUGCGCCGCUCCUAUGGAUCUUCGACUUGGUGCUCUGCGCUCUGGUUAUUUGGAAAGUGCCUUAUACCGAGAUCGACUGGGUAGCCUACAUGGAGCAGGUCAAGCAGUUCCUCGACGGCGAGCGCAAUUACGUCCGAAUUGAAGGCGGUACCGGUCCGCUUGUCUACCCAGCAGCGCAUGUAUACACAUACACGGCGUUGUACCACAUCACCGACGAAGGCAAGAACAUUUUCCUGGCGCAGCAGAUCUUCGCGGGACUCUACCUGGCGACCCUCGCGCUUGUGAUGGCGUGUUAUAGGAAGGCGAAUGCACCUCCCUAUCUCCUGCCUCUCCUGGUCCUAUCCAAGAGGUUGCACAGCGUCUUUAUGCUCAGAUGCUUCAACGACUGCUUCGCCGCCUUCUUCCUCUGGCUAGCGAUCUUCUUCUUCCAGAGACGCUUGUGGACAUUCGGCAGUGUUGCCUACAGCUGGGGCCUCGGCGUCAAGAUGUCCCUGUUGCUCGCGCUCCCUGCUGUCGCCGUCAUCUUGUUCCUCGGGAGGGGUUUCUACGGCAGUCUACGACUAGCAAUGCUCAUGCUCGAGACCCAGAUAGCCAUCGCCAUCCCGUUCCUGCUCCACGAUUCGAGGGCGUACUUGGGCAGGGCGUUUGAGCUUACACGGCAAUUCAAGUACGAAUGGACGGUCAACAUGCGCAUGUUACCCGAGGAAACGUUCCUCAGCAAAGAGCUAGCCGUCACUCUGCUCCUCUUCCACGCCGCGGACUUGUUCUCGUUCAUCAGCGGGCCAUGGCUCGCGCCGGCGCAGAAAUCGCUCUGGGAAAUGAUCCCGUCACUCUUGCGUGGACAACUACCAUUUACGGAACAGGAGGAAGGCAGGGUAUCUCUCAGGGUAUCGCCUCGAUUUAUCCUCACUACAGUGCUCACGGCGAUGAACAUGGGCAUGCUCUUCGCCAGGUCCCUCCACUACCAGUUUUAUGCGUACCUUGCUUGGUCGACGCCUUUCCUCCUCUGGAACGCCGGGCUUCACCCCGUCGUCGUGUAUGCCGUCUGGGCCGCGCAGGAGUGGGCGUGGAACGUCUUCCCGAGCACGCCUGUCAGUUCUGGGGUUGUCGUGUUCGCGAUGCUGGUUGCCGAUAGAGUCACUUGGAUGUUGGGUAAUCGCACGGAAGAGAAGGCAAGAAUCGCUGGCGGGGGUGGGUCGAAGAAGCCGAAGCAAGGAUAA